CCCGGUGUGUGAUGUGAGGAGCCUCCAAACUGCAUCUGCCUAUUAGCGCUUUGCGAACUUGUGAAGCCCAGGAGGUAAUAUCUGCCACUCUAACCUUUUUGUAUCGAUUUCCUUCGCAUGUACCUCCCACCGCCCAGUGUACAUAAAUGGCAAACGCCGGGGCUGAAAGGGUUACUGGGAGAAGCGCCUGCCUCCACCUGCUGCUGCUGCUUCACCGCGAAGUCCCGAUCGCAAGAACAAUCUGCGCGUUUUCUCCGAAUUCUGGGGGUGAGUGACGCUUUUCCAGCACCCCCAUCUCUCAAGCACCACAGGCAGCGUGACAUUGACAGGGCAGGGAAUCUCCGCCGCCCUUAUUCCUACUGGGGGAGAUCAGAGAGACCUGCAGCCCCACCGUCUCCCUCUGUUGCUGGGUGACCAGAGAAAACAUCUGCAGCCGAUCGGGCAUUUUGUUAAGUUGAUCAGCCUAAUCCAGCUGUCGUUGAUCCAGUCCGACACCAAGUACACCCGCUGGGGAAUCGUAGGAAACACCUGUGUAUCCCAUGCUCUGCCAUUCUGUAAGUUUGCAUCUACCCUUAGCCCUCUGAUUGCUUGCGGGAGCCCAAUUGUUGAUUCAGAAGCCUGAGGAAAGGUGCGAUCUAACUGUGGAGCAACAAGCGCAUUUCGUAUUUGAGCCGGGAGAGAAGAGACAGAACGCACCCUGGCAGGUAACCUGCCCUCACACUGGGCUGGAUCUGAGAGAGAGAAGGAAGCUGCUCAGUGCCAGGGUGAAGAGGGCAUCUAGGUCAAUACCAGAAAAAAGAAAUCAGCCAAUUAGCCAGGCGCUGGGUGCCUGCGAGAAUUAAAAGAGUACCCGUUAUCUGACGGGGAUGGGAACAGUCUGAUCAUUACCAGCAGUAAGUCUCUGCCCAGUACCGAAAGGGUGAAUGCAGAAGGACAGGGGCAGUCGGCUGGAAGAUAAUCAGGUUCCCCAUCAGCAGGGAAGGACCCUGUCAGACAGGAGCACCUGAGAAUAACAGUUUGUUUACCUCCCUGCCCCUGACGCUUAGAGACUUCUCCAACUGUCGAAGCCAAUUGCUUCUCCACAUCCCAGUCACUCCCCUUCCCCGCACCGCCCGACUCUCUGCGUCUCUCCCGCUCUGUCACCUGUUGGGAGGUCGGGCCCCCCAGGCCGUGUCUCUGCCAGGCCCCUAGACUGUAGCGGCCGCUCACCCGAGGAAAUCUAUGAUUAGUUCGGUGUGUGUAUCAUCCUAUCGUGGGCGCAAGUCUGGGAACAAACCUCCCUCAAAAACAUGUCUGAAAGAAGAGAUGGCCAAGGGGGAAGACUCUGGCAAGAUAACCAUCAAUGUUGGGGGGACUCGGCAUGAGACCUACAAGAGCACCCUACGGACGUUGCCCGGCACACGCCUGGCAUGGCUGGCAGACCCCGACACCGCCAGUAACUCGGAAUCUGAUUCUCAGCGGACCGAAUUCUUCUUUGAUAGGCACCCAGGCAUCUUCUCCUAUGUGCUCAAUUACUACCGCACAGGCAAGCUGCACUGCCCGGCAGAUAUCUGCGGCCCCCUGUUCGAGGAGGAGCUAGCCUUCUGGGGGAUAGAUGAGACGGACGUGGAGCCCUGUUGCUGGAUGACUUACCGCCAACACCGGGAUGCUGAGGAGGCUCUGGACAUUUUUGAGAACGUGGAACCGGAGGAUGGGGAAGAGGAGAAUAAAGGUUCCUCCCCAGAGCUUCUCUGCAUUGAGGAGAGGACGGACAGGUCCAGGGGCUGUUGGAAAGUCUGGCAACCCAAGAUGUGGGCUCUAUUCGAAGAUCCCUAUUCAUCCAGGGCUGCUCGGGUGGUAGCUUUUGUGUCCCUCUUCUUCAUCCUUAUGUCUAUUACAACAUUCUGCUUGGAGACCCAUGAGUCAUUUAUUGUGGACAGAAAUGUUACAGAGACAGUGACUAUUGGAAACAUGACAGAGAUUUUAGUGGUGAGGGAGGUGGAGACAGAACCCAUCCUCACUUACAUUGAGGGGGUCUGUGUCUUCUGGUUCACUUUGGAGUUUCUUGUUCGAAUUAUAUGCUGUCCAGACAAAGUGUUCUUUGUGAAGAACCUUCUGAACAUAAUAGACUUUGUAGCCAUCCUCCCAUUUUACUUGGAGGUGGGCCUGAGUGGGUUAUCCUCUAAAGCUGCAAGGGAUGUAUUAGGAUUCUUACGGGUUGUUCGUUUUGUCCGGAUCUUGCGUAUUUUUAAGCUGACGCGGCACUUUGUUGGUCUGCGGGUUCUGGGACAUACACUUAGGGCUAGCACAAAUGAGUUUCUCCUUCUCAUUAUCUUUUUGGCUUUGGGGGUGCUCAUAUUUGCCACCAUGAUUUAUUAUGCAGAACGAAUUGGUGCAAAUCCCACUGACCCAAGUGGAAGCAAUCAUACCCAUUUCAAGAAUAUCCCUAUAGGUUUUUGGUGGGCAGUCGUGACCAUGACCACAUUGGGAUAUGGAGAUAUGUAUCCGCAAACCUGGUCUGGUAUGCUGGUGGGUGCCUUAUGCGCCUUGGCUGGUGUGCUCACCAUUGCCAUGCCAGUCCCUGUUAUUGUAAAUAAUUUUGGAAUGUAUUAUUCUCUGGCUAUGGCUAAACAAAAGCUUCCAAAGAAGAAAAAAAAGCAUGUCCCAAAGACUUCCCAGAUGGACUCUCAGACAACGCUAAAAUCUGAGGACAACUCUCAUCGAAAUAGCACCCAGAGUGAUACCUGCCCAUUGGCUGCUGAGGAGUUAACAGAGAAAAAGAGGUCAGAUUCCAAGCAGAAUGGAGAUGCCAAUGCCGUAAUGUCAGACGAGGAUCAUGAAGAUCCCCUGCAGUUCAUGCCGUUAGAUGAGAAACGAAUAAUAAGACGUGCCAGUGCCAAAGACAGAAAUAAGACUGGGGCCUCAUGCUUUUUGCUGAGCUCUGGAGAUUUUACUUGUGCUGCUGAUGGUGGAAUUCGAAAAGGUAUGAGAGAUAUUGAUAUAGAGAUGGACUCACAGAUUCUCUUGGGACCUUCAUAAGAUAAAUAUACCAGAGUGUGUGUAAUGUGUUUCAACUAAUUUCCUAGUCUUCCUAUAGAAAACAACUUUGCAUUGUUGAAAUGUAAGCAGUCUGUCUCUGUCACUUGUGUGAGUGGUGAAUGUGGUUCUACCUCUGUAAGGUUACAGAUCUAAAUAAACGGUAUGAUAUUCAAUCAUU